UCGCCCAGCAGUGGCACCAUUCCCUCUGUUGUAUCAGCUGGCCUUUUCUGGACCUUCCUAAAUCUAUCGUAAAUCCAUCGUGUGAUGCGGUCGGUGACUACAGUUCCAUGCAGCGUGCAAGACACGAGUGCACCAGGGUUCCAUAUCACAGCAGAACAACUGCUUCUGCCUUGGCCUGUGCUGCUCCUGGCAAUGCACGGCAUUUUUGUUGCUUCUCUAGCUGCCCUGGCACACGGAACCUGCCUCUCCAGAGUACAGCCAUUAACACCUGGGGAUUUGUCCACAGUGCAACUACCAGGUUCCGGUUCAGCACUCUGCAGGCCAUGUUCAGGUCUCAGGAUGGACUCGUACCUGAUCCAAGUGAAUGGCCAUGGAGAUCAUGCCCCUAUGCUGGAUGUUCAUCUCAAGACCAAUGGGAACAACAUAUCACUGGGGAAGGUGAAGGACCGGAAGCCAAGAUGGGCUGUCAGAGCUUCUGAAAUGUCUAAGAAGACUUUCAAUCCUGUCCGAGCCAUCGUAGACAGCAUGAAGGUGGAGCCCAACCCAAAGAAAGCUAUGAUCUCCUUGUCUCUAGGAGACCCGACGGUCUUUGGAAACCUUCCCACAAAUGAUGAGGUCACACGGGCUGUUAAGGAGGUUUUGGACUCAGGACGUUACAACGGUUAUGCUCCAUCUGUUGGCUACCAGUCCUGCCGGGAGGCAGUGGCCGCGUACUACAGCUGCCCAGAGGCACCACUGAAGGCCCAGGAUGUCAUCUUAACGAGUGGCUGCAGCCAGGCCAUAGAGCUUGCCUUGGCAGUGCUGGCCAACCCUGGCCAGAACAUCCUGGUGCCACGGCCUGGCUUCUCCCUCUACAAGACUCUGGCACUGUCUAUGGGGAUUGAGGUCAAACUCUACAACUUGUUGCCAGAGAAGGCCUGGGAAAUUGAUUUGAAGCACUUGGAAUCUCUGGUAGAUGAGAAGACAGCUUGCCUCAUUGUGAACAACCCAUCGAACCCCUGUGGCUCUGUGUUCAGCAAGAGCCACCUCCAGAAGAUCCUCGCAGUGGCAUCAAGACAGUGUGUGCCCAUCCUUGCUGACGAGAUCUAUGGAGACAUGGUGUUUGCUGACUGCAAGUAUGAACCCAUUGCAACUCUCAGCACCAACGUGCCAAUCUUGUCCUGUGGUGGCUUGGCAAAGCGGUGGCUAGUCCCUGGCUGGCGAAUGGGCUGGAUCCUAAUUCAUGACAGGAGAGAUAUCUUUGGUAAUGAGAUCAGGGAUGGCCUUCUAAGACUAAGUCAGAGGAUCCUAGGACCCUGUACAAUUGUUCAAGGAGCACUGGAACAUAUCUUGCACCGAACACCCCCUGAGUUCUACCACAACACCCUCAGCAUUCUCAAGUCCAAUGCUGACCUUUGUUAUGCUGCCUUAUCAGCUAUCCCUGGCCUUCAGCCUGUCCGGCCCACUGGAGCCAUGUACCUCAUGGUUGAGAUUGAGAUGGAGCAUUUCCCUGAGUUUGAAAAUGAUGUGGAGUUCACUGAGCGACUCAUCUCGGAGCAGUCUGUAUUCUGCUUGCCAGCCACGUGUUUUGAGUACCCAAACUUCUUCCGUGUGGUGAUCACCGUGCCUGAGGAGAUGAUCUUGGAGGCUUGCAGUCGCAUUCAGGAGUUCUGUGAGAUGCACUAUCAGGGUGCUGAGGGGAGCCAGGAUCUGGAGUGUGACAAGUAGCCACAGCUGGCCUCCUGCAUCUGCCAGGCUAGACCUUGUGUGAGGCAGCAGCUGGGCAAGCAGGACUGCUUCCAGUCAGCCUCCCAUCCCCCUGCCUGUAAGCAACUGCUGUCCUGCUGCUUCACUUCUUGUGGCCACAGACCCCUCAGCACUAUGGGAAGAAGCAGCCACUUCUCUCUCCUCCUCCACUGCAGCUUGCACACCCUCUGGCAUCUAGUGCCCAGGGUCUCCAUGUAUUCUGCAUUUAGAGCCUUUGUUGGUCUGUGCUGCCUGAAAACCAGCUGCAGGCAGGGGUGCAGGGCUCUUGCCCCAUGACCCUGGCCCCGUGUGGCCAGUAGCUCCUGUGCUGGCUGCACUUCCCCUUGGGGACAGGAGAAGGCCACUGUCUCGGAGGACAAGAGAAAAGUACCAACCUCUCACUUACCAGUGUUACCUUAGGAGGCCAGAGCUCUUUAUACCUAGCCCUUUGUGUGACAAAGGCAGUAAGUUAUUGUUACUUUUUUUAUUAAUAAACAUUCUGACAUGCCA